GGCGGCCCGGUACCAAUCAAGCCGGGCCGCGGCCCAGUGGUUGGGGCCCACUGCGUUAGAUGACACCACCACAUUCCGGCCAGUGAAAAGGAUAUCCAAUUUUAUUUCUCAUUACUGUAAUUGGUAGGUAAAUACGUCUCUUAUCCUGAAUAAAUAAACCAAAAAAAUAAAUGGACUAAUUUCUGUAAGAACAUUUUAACUAAAUGUUGAACAUCUUAAAGUGUAUUAUUUCUCCCAGUUGUAACAACUAGAUCAGGUUUGUUUUUUGUUGUCAUGACUUAAUCACGGCAAUCUCGCUAGUAUGUCCAUGUUGAUCGGCUGAUAUAUUGUCCGUCCGGGUUGAAGCAGAAUUGUUACCACAACAGAACAUUUAGCUUUAUAAUCACAGUAAACACAUUGGCAGAUCCUUGCAUUAAUAUUUUAACUUUGCUAGCAAACAUAGAACACUGCAUUAUAAACGUGUUAUUUACAUAACUGAGGCGUUUCGCAGAGCUUCCCUUGAUGUCCCCUCCUUUUUGGAAAUUGCACUUUUUUUUCUUAAUAUGAUUGAUGAAACUUAAGUCUUGCUGUAGCUCAGGGGUGUCAAACUAGUUUUAUCUCAGGCCACAUUGGGGAAUCGACAGGGUGCUUAAAGUCAGCUGACACGUGACCUUUAAACAGUAUUAUGUGUGACGUGGGUUACAUUUGAAUAUGAUAUUUUGAACAGCGGUUUCUUUCAUAAAAAAAUUGCAGCUAAUUUUUAUCCUCAGCAAAGUCGUCUUAUGGGCCGCAGGCCGGAUUAACCCAUUCAGCCCACAGGCCGUACGUUUGGCACCCCCUGCUGUAACUUGUUUACUUCAGAUGAAGUCAGUUGUCAUUUGUUCAACUUCUUUAGUUGGACUAAUGGUUUUCCUCAAGGUUCCAUUUUUGGUCCUCUCUUUUUCAUCAUUUGGGCUGCACAACUGAUGGCCUGCGAGUUUCGUUAAAAAAAUGUAAAGUGACUCACAUUUUUGCAGCAGAUUCUUAAAAACACUAGAGUGCUGUCAUAGAGAUGAUCUUUGACUUGCUUUUUUGCAGCAAAUCGCUCCUGUUACUCUGACAAAAUGAAUAGACCUAAAUCAAAAGUUUACUAUAGAGGACACUGGUUCUCUGGAUUAUACCAACUAAUACUAAUAGUGAAGUGAGAAGUCCGGUCCCUUGGUUCUUAGCUUUCUGAAAAUGUGGCCCCCAAAACAAUUUAGUUGAACCUCCCUGCUCUAAAACCCACAUAAUUUUAAUAUGAAAUUUAAAUGGGUAUUUACCUAUUAAAUCUCAGUGGUAGGUUAAAAUCUGCGAUGCACCGAGACCGUAGUAGCAAGGAAACACUUUAAAUGUAGUGACUGUAGUAUGUCGAGUGAUCAACACUGAAUAGUCACUUGUCUUUUUCUUGUUUGAUGUCAGCCAUAAGCCAGGGAUGUCUUCCAAUUAGGGCUGGGCGAUAUGGCCUUUUUUUAAUAUCGCAAUAUUUUUAGGCCAUAUCGCGAUAUGCUAUAUAUAUUACGAUAUUUUGCCUGGGCAUUGAAUUAACACUUGAUACAUAUAAUCACAGCAGCAUGAUUAUUCUAUGUGUCUCCAUUAAAACCUUCAUACUGCAUUCAUAUAUGCUACUUUAAAACUUUCAUGCAGGGAGGGAAAUCACAACUAAGUCAAUUGACCAAAAGUGUAUUUAUCAAAGUUAUUAAAGACCUACUGAAAUGAGAUGUUCUUAUUUAAACGGGGAUAGCAGGUCCAUUCUAUGUGUCAUACUUGAUAAUUUUGCGAUAUUGCCAUAUUUUUGCUGAAAUGAUUUAGUAGAGACCAAUGAUGAUAAAGUUCGCAACUUUUGGUCGCUAAUAAAAAAGCCUUGCCUGUACCGGAAGUAGAAGCCGAUGUGCGCGUGACGUCACCGGUGUGAGGGCUGCUAACAUCCGCACAUUUAUUACAAUCAUGGACACCAGCAGUGCGAGCGAUUCUGACCCAGAAAGUGACAAUUUCCCCAUUAAUUGGAGCAAGGAUGAAAGAUUCGUGAAUGAGGAUAGUGAGAGUGAAGGACUAGAAAAAAAAAAAGACCAGGGCAGUGGGAGCGAUUCAGAUGUUAUUAGACACAUUUAGUAGGAUAAUUCUGGAAAAUCCCUUAUAUGAUUAUUGUGUUACUAGUGUUUUAGUGAGAUUGUAAAGUCAUACCUGAAAGUGACCGCCAGUGUCCCUGAGUAAAGCCAUGGAGGAGCCAAGAAAGUCACAGCUGCCUUUUUGACAUCUGCAGGAAGAACGACACAAGCUCCGCUCAUGUUUACGAUCCAGUCUGUGGUGGAAAGUCUUCAGAACAAAGUGAUCUCCUCAGCUUGCUCCCAGAUGAAGGCGAAGAUGUCGGCAAUGAAGAAGAUGGGGUCGCCCAUCGAGAUUUGGACCCGCUUGGCCUCUGCUGUGUGUGGAAGCAUCAAAAAGCCCAUUUCUUCCGCUUUCUCUCAGAUGUUAACUGUGGCGUCCACAGAACCUCGCACUCUCCAGAACUGUGACCCACCCCAGCUUCACACAGCACUGCGCACUGAUUGUCCUGUUGGACGGACCGUCCCUUUAACACCUGUACUUUCAUCUGUCAAAGCCGAGGUGGUUUUCAAGACUCGGGCUGCAGCCAAAGGACCAGAGCAUGAUCCGCCCUUCGCGACCACGUCCCCCUGCCAAGUGUCUGUUACUCAGGACCCAAGUUCCUCUCACACCCCCAUCGUUCCUCUUGUAGCUUCACCUGUUUCUGCUGCAAGGCCCAUCACUUCCCAUGUUAGUUCCUCAGCUUCAUCUUCUUUCAACUUUUCCUCCACAAGCGUCUUACCCUCUCAACACGCCAAGGGCGCUGUGAUGAAGACCCACUUCAGUCACACCAGCAAAUACAUCACCAUAGAUUCUUCCAGAGUCCUGGGUGUUAAUUUUGUGGUGGACUUUGAGAGGAUCUACAACUACUUGAGCACCAUCCACCAGCCAGACUGCAAGUAUGAGCUCACACCCAUGGAGAGCGCCAUCGUCUUGGACCUUCUCAUGUCCCUACCAGAGGAGCUCCCCCUGCUGGACUGCAAAAAACUGCACAGUUAUCUAAUCCAGGUGUACGACAACCUCUCAAACCCUGCCAGUUCCAAGCAGGUCAAAGAAAUGUUACGAGAGCUAAAGACACGCCAGCAAAGAAGCACACAGCCAGAGCCUCAGCAGGAGUGCAGUGGGACAUCCAGCCCAAAUGAAUCAUCAGGGAGUAACGGACUAAUGACAGAUGUAAAGCACACUGAACACUGUCCUCCUCUCAACCCUUUAAUGAUUCCACUGGACUUGCUAAAACGCGUGUAGCAUGACAUUGUGUGCUUGUGGCAUUUACAGGUACAUAAUAUUACAUGCUCACAUUUUUCAUCGUUCUGCUCGUUUACAUUUGUUUUGCUUACUUUUAGUUUUGUUGAAAUAAAAAGGCUGACACAAA